AUGUUCAACCUCGAAACAACCAUGCCUCUCCACCCCUCCUCCAAAACCCUCCGUCCACCAUCCCGACCAAUCUCUCGACGACCAUCCCUCAACAACGCUCCCACAACCAUGAGCACCACAACCGCCACCAUCACCACCACCACCCGCAAAACCCACCCCUCCACCCUCUCAAGGCAACAAUCCUCCACCCUCCAAAGAAACCAACAAUCCUCCGACCUCCUCAUCACCACCAUCUCCCCCCUAGUCCACACAAUCCACCACUUCCAGCAACUCGCCUACCACCUCUGCCUCAACACCCUCUUCGCCUUAUCCAUCCUCGCCUCCGCCUCCUUUGUGGCAAGCAAGGCCGUCGCCUACCGCUCUUUUCUCCUUUCCAAAAUCUUGGCAGAGAGCGGUGUGCUAGCGGGCAGGUGGGUCUACGCCAAAGUCUGGAACGGGCAGAGGUCAAGGCUGUUCAGAAAGAGGCUCGAGUUUGAGAUUUUUGUAUUGCUGUUUGGGUCGGGGAACACUAUCUUGCUGUUGGUCCUGUGGCCGGGGUGGAUUGUGCUUGGAUUAGCGGGCGUGGGGUGGUGGUUGGUUAAUGGUUGA